AUGCUAUCGCAGAUUUAACGCUCUGCAAAAGGGAUCAGUCGAGACACUUUGAUAGAUGACACACAAGAGACCAGGCUGCGCCGCACUUCUGAGCCAUGAGAGACAAGUUGGAGAUCUUAGCCCUGGUCCUGGGCUUCAUGGGCCUGUUUGGGACAGUUACCAUCACCGCCCUGCCCACGUGGAGAGUCUCUGCCUUCAUCGGCGCCAAUAUCAUUGUCAUGGAGGACCUCUGGGAGGGCUUGUGGAUGGACUGCAUGAGACAGGCUGGCAUCAGGAUGCAGUGCAAGGUGUAUGAGUCCAUGCUGAUUCUUCCGCCAGAGCUGCAGGCAGCCAGGGCGCUCAUGUGCCUCUCCAUAGUUCUGGUCGUCAUCGCCUUGAUCAUCACGGGAUGUGGGACCCGGGCGUUCACCUGCUGCGGUGACAACCUCAAAUCAAAGAACACCACCCUCGCCAUAGGGGGGUGUUUGUACCUGCUGUCCUUUUUGACCACCAUCAUCCCCGUCAGCUGGGUGGGCCUGACCGUCAUCAGCAACUUCUAUGACCCGCUGGUGAUGGAGGGUCGCAAGCGGGAGCUGGGGAGCGCCCUCUUCAUCGGCUGGGCCACGUGUGGCAUCCUGCUCAUCACUGGGAUCAUCAUUCUGGUCAGUUACAGCAAACAUCAAGCGAAGGACGAAGAUCCCUACUACACUGGUGCACCUCUGAGGUCCCUGAGGAAACCGUCCACAGAGGGGAGCGCCUACCUGAAGAGGACGCCAUCCACCUCUCAUAAGCAUCACCAAUAUGUGUAAAUAACUGUACUGCACCGCAAACUCCACCUUUACAUGUCUCUAACAUUCAAAAUUAUGCUAAGCAUGAGGGUAAUUGUAUGGAAAUGUAUUUGCUUUCAUAAUGUACUGGACUGUUUUUGUAAUUGGAAGACUUUGGGUUGUUUUUGCUUUUGGUUCAUGGAUUAUACGACUGCACAGUUGCAAGAAAAUAUUAGUUCAUGUCGAAAUUAUAAUAUAAAACUAUUCCUGUGAAAUCAGCAAUGAUUCAAUUGUUGUUGUUUUUUACGCUGUUGUGCCAUUUUUAUUGUUCUUUUACGUUUGUAACUUUCACUUUCAACUGCUCAUUUCUUCUUGAUCAUUUUUUGCUUUGGUCUGAACGGACUCAUACUAAUCAGCGGAUUUAAUAAAGUCUUGAUUCUA